CCACACACAUUCUUUUAUUCAUCGACACGCACUCAUUCUCUGUCCAUGCCGUGUAUGUGUGCAAAUGGCCAGCCAAUGAGUGAGUCAGACACACACAAAGAGCGAAUUACGGCAUGGAAUGGAAGCAUCUGUGGGGAGGGAGGGACCACCAAAAACGCGGCAUGACAUGGAAGCUGCCUGCCUGAUGCACAAAAUGUAGCUCUUGUCAGCUCACACCCCUCCUCACACACACACACAUACACACACACACACACAGGUAGACACCACAGACAGACAGCCAGACAGACAGACAGGCGCUGCAUGCAUCAAACUCCAGCCACAAAUGCGAUGCUUGCCGGUGCCAACCAACGGGGCGAAAAGGGCCAUCCUUAAAACACACAAGGGAGGGAGGGAGGGAGGGAGGGAGAGAGGCGGGACAGCGGGGGGAGGGUAGAGGGUAGGUGCCACAAACUGCGUCACUUGCCCUUCUUCUUCUCGGGCUUGCUCGCCGUCUUGGUGUCAGCCUGAUCGAUGCGCGCACAAAACGACAGACGCGACACAAGCCAUAUGUGCAGACCACACGCAUGGCGGGCAUCAGAUAGAUGUUGGCUGACCAUGACGGUCACGACAUAGAGGAGGCCGCCGGCGAUGACGAGUAGCGCCACGAGGAACAUGCCCGCCUGGCUGAAGAUGAGGGAAAAGAUCCCGCUCGACCUCUCACCCUCCUGCACACCACACCAAUCGUCAUGUCUGUGUGUCUGUCCAUCCAUCCAUCCAUCCAUCUAUCCAUGUUGGCCACGUACGAGCAGCUGCGAUGAAGCCAGCUCGUCCAGCCCCUGUUGGACGACAUCCUGGUGGUCGUCCAGGUCGAUGUCAUCGAGGCUGCCGCCAUCAUCGUCCUCCUCCUCUUCCUCGUCAUCCUCGUACGUGUCCUCCUCGUAACGACCUAACCCGACCCACAGCCAUUCCAUUCCACAGCCAGUGUAGUGUGUGGGCGACUUGACUUGAAUUGUCUGUUGGUUGGUGUGUCUUGUGGUUGUGCUCACUUUUGGCUGCCGCUUUCCGGUCGUAAGGGGGCAGGGUGGGGAUAUCUGCGUCAGUCAAUGCAUCAGGCGUUGACUCUCACUCAGCACAUGCAUGGACUUACUGAGUGGGCGGAUGGUCUGUCUGUCUAUCUGCCUCACCAUCGAGUGUGCCAUCAUAGACCACAAUGGCGUUGAUCUGAAGGCAUGACAUCACACACAAUCACAGCCGUGCAAACAUACAAGCAUGCCUGUGGCUUGCCGACCUUGGGAUUGUCCUUCCCAGGGAUCUGGAGGAAGUCGAUUCUCAGUCCGCCUGUUGAGGGGUUCCACGCCUCAGGUGUGGCCUUGGUGCCCUCGACAGUGAGCUCGUCGCCCUUGCGGCUGACCUCGACAUACUCGUCGUGCGGCACGCCCCUGCCCACCUUGCCGAAGAUGUCCAGCGACUUGACCUCCCUGCUGCCGCCCACCUCCACGUGAAACACCUUCUCGCCCGGCGACUGGAACCACACCUGGUUGGUAGAGAAGGAGAGAAGGAGAGAGAGAAAUGGAGAUCAGAUCUCACCCCUCUCGGCUUCAUUAUAUUCACGGCUGUCGGGCUGGCUGUCUGGCUGUCGCGUACCUCAGAGAAUUUGAGUACGAUGACAUAUUCCCCGUCUGUUUUGAUGGGCACGGUGUAUGAGAAGGAUCCCGUGUCAUACCGCUCGGUGCGGUACACAAAGUCAUCCUGCACUCGGGGGAACGGCGCUGAUGAGAUGAACCAACAGACGGAUGGCAGAGGGACAGGCAGGGAAGGAAGGGCAUGCGCAGCACAGCACAGCACAGCACACAGAUGCCAUCCAUGCCAUCCUGAUUGUCUGUCUGUGUGGUGUGUCUGGCUGGCUGGCUUACAGAACGUGUUGCCGUGGUCGCUUGCAAUGCCACUGCAACGUCACACCACAUCAGUGUCAGUGUGAUCGGUUUGGCUUGGCAUCGGUCGGUUGCACUCUCACUCACCUUGAGUAUCCCUUAUCCUGCUGAUAAGUGAUCUUCUCAAGCUCAGAAUAGUACUUGCUGCUCGCGCCUGCACACACACACACACACACACUCAAACACACACAGCGCACUCCAAACACAUGACCACAGAUGCACAUCUUGAUCUGCAUCAGAUCGCCCACCGCAGUUGACAGCAUAGACGACUUUGCCCUCCGCCACAUGCGCCCUCCAUAGCAGAAACAGCGGCACAGCCGCCAACACUGUCAGCAGCUUUGCUGACGUCCUUUGUGUUCGCCACCGCUCGAAAUGCCGUAAUUCAACUCGCAUCUCUGACAGAGAGCCGCAGAGCCGUUAUGCCCACACGUGCACCACCACGGGAGGGUGAGAUCUUUGGGAAUGAG